AUGCGUGGUAUUCCUCGGCUGUCGCAGCAAAAGUCUGAUAUCUGUCCACAACUUCCGAGUUCCGCUCAAGAGGUAAUUGACCGCUAUAUUUAUGUCGCAAGAGCUAUGAAAAACGUAACCACAGAUUGUGGCAGAGCCAAUACCCCAGCGCUCAAGAUUGGCGGUGACAGAGCUGCAAUGUCAAUCAACCAGGGUUUGCAAAUAUGGCCGCUGAGGGCGAAACAGCAUAUUCCAUAUGCUGCGGAAAGUGGUGACACUGGUAAUGUUGCUGCAUUCCUUGUGGACACCUCCAAAUUACGCGGCCGCGGUGGGAAGUCUUGCCGUGGUAAACAUGCUACUGAGACAUCUAAGGGUGAACCCGAAUUCUAA